CAUAGGAUCAAAGAGAAGAUCAAUUUUGAAGUGGUCAGAAAGGAUGAAAAUUGCUAUAGGCUCUGCAAAAGGAUUGAAAUAUCUACACGAAUACUGUGAACCCAAAAUUAUCCAUGGAGGCAUUAAACCAGAGAAUAUUCUUUUAGACCACAAUUUUGAACCAAAGGUUGCUGAUUUUGGGCUUGCUAUUCUUUCAGGAACUAAAAAAGCAGCUAGCAUUUACGUAGAUUUAAACGCUUUUGAUUUUGAAGAAAAAUCGGAUAUUUAUUCUUUUGGUGUUACACUUUUGGAGCUUAUCACUACACCAAGGAUCAAUAUCGUAAAUUGGGCGAGGCCUCUAAUAGUCAAAGGAGGUUCAAUAAAUGUGGAUUACAAUAGUCUUGUUGAUUCCACAUUGAAAGGAGAGUAUGAUCAAAGUGAGAUGGAACGAAUAAUUUAUUGUAUAGCUGCUAGCGUUUAUAGUCCAUUGAAGCUUCGGCCAAGAAUGAGACAGAUACUUAAAGCCCUCCAAGGAGUAAUAUCACACAAGGAAUUAUGGAUUGAGGAUGGUAAUUAACUUUUUCCCACAAUUACUAUUUAUUUCCAGAAGUUUGAUUCUCAUGGCAAUCAUUCAUAUAUAUAU